AUGGAUCACCUUUGCGGAAGUGGUGCAGUAUCUCCUGGUCAUGGUAGCACUAGUGACUUCUGUGUGGGCGGGGUGAAACCUGCCCAGGGCUUUUCCCGCCUGGGCCUCCCGGUAGUAGAACUGCAAAAUAGAUUAUCUGAAGAAGCAAAGAAAGCAGAUAAAUUAGAUUUUGAAUAUAAGCGGCUAAAAGAAAAAGUUGACAGUCUUCAAAAAGAAAAGGAUAGGUUGAGAGCAGAAAGGGAUUCUCUGAAGGAAACCAUUGAAGAGCUUCGCUGUGUACAGGCUCAGGAAGGGCAGCUCACUACUCCAGGGCUAAUGCCUCUGGGAAGUCAGGAACCUUCAGACAGUCUGGCAGCAGAGAUUGUUACACCUGAAAUCAGGGAGAAACUUAUUCGUCUUCAGCAUGAGAAUAAGAUGUUAAAACUUAACCAAGAGGGUUCAGACAAUGAAAAAAUUGCCUUAUUGCAGAGCCUGUUGGAUGAUGCAAAUCUGCGCAAGAAUGAACUGGAAACAGAGAACAGGCUGGUGAAUCAAAGACUUCUGGAAGUACAGUCACAAGUUGAAGAAUUACAGAAAUCUUUACAGGAUCAAGGGUCAAAAGCAGAAGAUGCGAUUUCGGUUCUUCUAAAAAAGAAGCUUGAAGAACAUCUAGAGAAGCUGCAUGAAGCCAAUAACGAAUUGCAGAAGAAGAGGGCCAUUAUUGAAGAUCUUGAGCCCAGAUUUAACAACAGCUUUACAGGUAAGUUAGCCAAACUUGUACUUCCAUUGAUAUUUACACCUGUCAUCCGUACUUUAGAUCCUAAACAGAAUCAAGGAGCAGCACCAGAAAUACAAGCUCUUAAAAAUCAACUACAGGAACGGGAGCGACUGUUCCACUCAUUAGAGAAAGAAUAUGAGAAAACAAAGAGCCAAAGAGAGAUGGAGGAGAAAUAUAUUGUUAGUGCCUGGUACAAUAUGGGAAUGACUCUGCAUAAAAAGGCAGCUGAAGACAGACUGGCUAGCACAGGGUCAGGGCAGUCAUUUCUGGCUAGGCAAAGACAAGCAACCAGCACAAGAAGAUCUUAUCCGGGCCAUGUUCAACCAGCCACAGCAAGGUAGAGGAGUCUUAGAAAUAAAAAGCAACCUGCACUCAAAGCAUACUUCUGUUACAUAUAACAACAUUUCAGGAAAUUCAGCCAGCUUAUUUUUUGUUUCUCUUCCAUGUUAGUAUUUAGUGUUUCUUGUUUGAGGACUUUUUCUCUCUCCUGUAUCUUUGUUUUAGUUUCUUUGUUCUUUAUUUGUAGUCCUUUCAGUUCCUUUUAAUGUGCCAAAAAUUUGUAAAUGUCCAAUUAAAGGUGGUGUUAUGAUAGUGUUUUACUCUUCUUUGUAUGAAAAUGUCCUCUUCCCCAAUGGUGUAGGCUUUGUAAUUAAUUAGAUUUUCUGCCAAUAAUUGAUAUACAAUUUAUAUUCUUUAUUGUGCCUAUGUGUUACCAUGCUUUAUAAGAAUGUCUUUGUUUCAAGGGAA